AUGUCCAGUAACGACGAGCCCGACGAGGCCGGUGCUGCAUUGGCGGUCGAUAUCGAUAUGACUGAGGCGGCAGCCGAUGAGCAGGUCGGCAGCGCAGCUGCUGCGGCAGCGGAGGCAGAUGCCGAGGGCGACGAGAACGGCGAGGCUGCGACCGGCGAGGAAGUCCGGGAGCCGACACCGGUGCCGACACGCACAGCCUUUGCGUCGUAUCUGAGCAGCCCGGUAGUCACGCUGGUGGUGGGCGGUGGCGAGGGCGAGGAGACCAAGGAGACGAUGGAGUUGACGGCACACCAGGGCUUGCUGACGAAGAGCCCAUACUUUGCAAAGUUGUGCGCCGACCUGGGCGAUGACCGCACCAUUACCCUGCCCGACCAGAACCUCGAUGCGGUCGGCUGCUUUUUGGAAUAUUUGUAUACGGGCGACUACUUCCCGCGCAAGCUGGCCGGCCAUGCGCACGCGCUCGAGGAGGAUCCGACGGUGCCUGCCGUCGACGAGACGGGCGCGCAGCUGCUCAAGCACGCGCGCGUCUACACGCUGGCCGAGGUCCUGGGCAUGGCCGAGCUGCAGACGCUCGCGUCGUCCAAGAUCCACUGCGUGCAGAGCACGGCACAGGGCGAGAUUGCGUACGCGCGGUACGUGUACGCUUGCACCAAGGCCGACGACACGACGGUGCGGCACCCGGUGGCCAAGUUCUGGGCGACGCGCAGCCACACGCUGCGGGCGGAGGCCGAGGCCGAGUUCCAGGCCCUGUGCUUGGAGCACCCGCAGUUUGCCUACGACGUGCUCACGCGCGUGCUCGACGAGAAGCUCAGGCGCGAGCGGGACGACAAGAAGUACACGUCUGUGUCGUUGUCGUCACCGCAGCCCGGCGGCGGCAGCGGACGCAAACGAGCGCGCAACAGCAGCAGCGUGCAGUAG